GGAGCCUGCAGUAUGUGUUAUCUAAGAGAUGUUUCUGCAAAGGGAGGCAUCAGAAAUAAAUAGGAAGGCUUGAACCUUUUCCUUCUCACCACUGUCUAUUAUGGAAUAACCAACUUGCCCAUAAAAUCAGAGAGUCUGAACCCUGGUGUCUUGUCAAGAACUGGAGUCUGAAGCGUCACUGAGCCUGGUCUGAGGGAGGCAAUGUUUGCUCAGGAUGAAGACUGGGGAUGGUCGUGGAAUCUGGGUGGCUCCAUUGAGAUCCCUUUUUCCUUCUGCUUCUGCUGGGAGUUGGCCAAGUAUCCACAGAUGAGCAUAGCCUGGAGAUGGAAAGACUACCAUGGAAAAUUCAUCUACAACUCCACUCUACCUUUCAUUCAUGAGCACUUCGAGGACAGGCUCAUUCUGAACUAGACAAAGAGUUAGAUAUCUGGACUCCUCAGAAUCCUUAACUUGAGGGAGAAUGACCAGGCCACACACUUCUGUAACAUCUGCCUGAGCACCACAGAAGAUAGGAAGAGAUGGCAGUCGAUUCCUGGGGCCCAACUCUCCAUCGUCCAUGCACUCAGCACCACCAUGAGGAUCCCCUACAUCAUCUCUUCUGCAGUCUUCACAACUGGUCUGGAGGACACAGGAGGUCAGAUGAAUCAUUCACUGCCGAAUCUGGUAGCCAUAGAUGGGAUGAUCAUGGCAAAAUGUUGUGGCCACCUUCCCCAUCUACGGGUGGAUGAUCUUUCUGUUGUGGAAGCAAAGGACUGCAUCUAUGAAGCCUGUUGUCCUUCCUGACCACCUGGAAAUUAGAGGAACAAAUGCAGAUGAACACAGAGCCUGCUCCUAAGGAAUUCAAGGAGGCAUGCAGAAGUCUCAGGGGCUGACUGCACAUCUGGAAUGAGCUGUGGCUCCUAAGGAAUAUCUGAGAGUAGACCAGCAUUUGCAGACAACAUGGGCAGCAGAGGAAAGACUAAACCCCAGACAGGUGAGUCAUCCCAAGGGGCAGCUGAGGAUCCGUUGGGAAGUUUAUCCUGAAAGGCAUGCAAGCGAGAAGGAAAGAUGAUUCAGCCAGAAAUGCAAGGGACAUGGGUAGAAAGACCUGAGUUUGAUACUGAGCUUAUACAUUAUAACCCAGGGAAGUGCCUUAAAUUUGUAAUUGCAGCUCUGGACAAGCAAGAGACAGGCAGAGUCAUGGUUUUGCUAUCCAUGUAUUCUAGCCUAAUUGAUUAGUUCCAGGGCUAAUGAAAGAUCCCUUUUAAGAAAGGGGAAAUUUCUCAAGGUGAUAAAGUAGUCAUACUCUAUAUUAAUUUGAAGUGAAGUAUUUUGAAUUAUGUAUUAAUUGAAAAACAAUAGUGUGUGUCAUUGGGAAAUGUAAUCAGCUGCCUAGCACAGUGACCUGGGUGUGAUUCCAGGGAACCCAAAUUGUACACAGAGAACACUGACUUUGGACAAUUGUCCUCUGCUUCUCAGGUUUGCUCACAUGCUCCUGGUGAGAUAUUGUCUAUAUGUCCCCAGCUAACAGACCUCCAGGUGCCAGUUUCUCUCACCAGGGAAGAGAGUGCAUCAAAGUAGUAAUUGGUGAACCCAUAUCAGCAUCCUACACCUUCAAAUUCAUGUUCUUGUGAAUCAGAACAUGCAUGGCUGCAGGACUGUUCUGAAAAACAUUCUUGAGCAGGGAUAGCAAGAUAACCCCACUUCUGCCAUAUGGGUUCGAUGACCUGUCCUCAGAACCCAAGUCAUCCUGUCUGUCUUUGGUCCUGAGAGCCCAACUGUGCUGUUCUCUCUUUGCUCAUGGAGCUAAUGAUACUUUUUAGUAAAAGAGGGAUCAGAAAUUCAGGCAACUCAGGGAGCUAUUUCAGAGCAAGGCUGAGGUGUAGAUGUGUCCAAACCCUGAAAAUCUUAUCCUGACACCAGCUGAGUUAGGACAGGUCUGCAAAUUCAGGAGCAAGAAGCAAGGCUUGGGCCUUGGAACCAGAUACCACUUGGAACCAGAUACUACACCCCACAAGGUGUAGACCCUUGUGGUAGUCAUGGAAAAAGAUGGCUGAAUUACAGGUCUAUCUUUCUCUUGGGCUAAAAGGACAGGUCGAGCAAGCACACUGAAUUUCUCUUCAUGCAAAUGAAGCUUUCAAGAACCUAUCACACAGAAAGUUUCAUAUAACCCUUGUUACCCCCAUUUCUGAGUUUGCUGCUCGGGCCUUGGAACCAGAUUUGAUCUCUAGUGUCCAUGUAAAGAGACCAGCAAAACCUUUAAUUUUAACAAAAGUGACAGAGGCAGGCAGAGCUCUGUGAGUGGACAGUUAGCCUGGUCUAUGUGUCUAGUUCCACACCAAACAGAGCUGAGUGAGCUCUAAUCCUAGGACUGAGGAAGUACAGACAGGCUUGUCUGUCCAGCUCACUGGCCAGUCAAUCUAGUGUCCAUGGGAAACUUGAAGUCAGUGAGAGAGAGCCUGAUCCAAGAAAUGAGGAGUAUGAGACCUUAGGCUCUCCUCUAGCCUCAACAUGCCUAAACCAAUGCAUGCACACAAAGACAGAUACACAGAGACACACGGACAUAGACACACAUACAGGGAUGCACACAGAGAGACAUAAACUCAGAUACACAGACACACCUAUAGAAAGACUUAUACAUAGACACACACAAGAUACACACAAACACAUACACAUACACACACACACACACACAUACACACACACUGGUACAUACACCCAAAGAGACAUACAGACACAGAUUCUUACACAGACACACACACACUCACAUGCACACACAUGCACACACAGAUACACAUCUGAUGUAACAGAUCCACAUGUUCACACACACAGGAUACACCAGAAUGUGUAAAAGAACUAUGAAACAGCCAUAUGUGUAAAGCUCAGUUAAGAGCAGAAUACAAUCCUUUGCUUCAUGCACAUCACACCCCUUCUGCUCACAUUUCUGGUCAAAGAGGAACCUGCCUGGAGCCCUCAGAAUACAGGAAGUGAUGAGCAAUCUGGAAUAGACUACUUCCAGUUUCUGCCUGCACCCUGCGCUGACCCUUAACCACUGCUAUCUGUACCCGAAUACCCCUGGGAGAGAGCUGGUUUCUCAGUAGGGCUGACAUUCAGAAUUACAGGAGAGUUAGGCCACUGUCAGAGAGAGAAAGACCAGCUCAAACCAGAGAGGAGAACCAGCUAUGACAAGGGCUAGGAUAUGUCUCUUAACCAGGAGUGGGGGCUGGGCAAAGACCCCUGUCAUGUUGUCAGUAACCACAAGGGUGGAUAUUUUGCAACAUCAGAAGAGCAGAAGGCAGAUCAGUAAAGGAAGUUGCUGGCCACAAGGAGGUGGAGAUGGUCCUGCUCAACUCAGUCUUCCACUUGAGAAUGUCUGAGUGUGUGUUUUUAUUUACCCUGAUUCUCUCUGGACUGCUGAGUGCCCCAGUGUCCCUAGACAGGGCAACCUCGACUUCCUGACGGCCCUGCUGGUCUCACUUCCUGGAAGGAAUCUGGCUAUGGCUCGGCUUCUCCUUCUUUUGUUGUCGGCAUCAUAUCUGCACACUGGGAACUCAGCAGGAUAUCAAAAAAAGAAAGACUUUGGUGUCGACCAACCAGAUGUCCUCUCUGGAGUCCAAGGUGGCUCCAUCGAGAUCCCCUUUUCCUUCUACUUCCCCUGGAAGUUGGCCAAGGAUCCUCAGAUGAGCAUAGCCUGGAGAUGGAAGCACUUCCAUGGGGAAUUCAUCUAUAACUCCACCCGGCCUUUCCUUCAUGAGCAUUUUAAGGGCCGGCUCAUCAUGAUUUGGACACAGGGUCAGACAUCUGGUGUCCUCAGAAUCCUGAACUUGAAGGACAAUGAUCAGACCACAUACUUCUGUCGAGUUAUUCUGCAAACAACAGAAGGCAUGAAUUCGUUGCAGUCAAUCUCUGGCACCAAUCUCAUCAUUCAUGCUCUCAAUACUACCAUGGGGAGCCCCUCUAUCAUCCCCUCUGCAGUCCCCACAGCUGGCCUGGAGGACAAAAGGGACCAGAGGAAUCCUUCACUGCUGAACCUGGGAGCCAUGGUUGGGAUGGUCUUGGCCAAAGUUGUGGUCAUCAUCCCCCUGUAUGGAUGGAUGAUCUUCCUGUGGUGGAAGCAAAGGCCAGCAGCAUAAAGACUAAACUCUAGUAAGGUGAGUGCCUGUCAUCUCAAGGGACAGACGAGGAGCUGCUGGGAAGUUCAUUAUGAGAAGCAUGGAAGGGAGCCCGAGCGAUAAUUCUGUCAGAAACACAUGGCACAGGGGUAGGAGGACCUGAGUUUGAUGGAUCAGGAGCUUGCACCCAGGGAUGUGGCAUGAAUUUGCAAUCCCAGCCCUGGUCGAGCAAGAGACAGGCAGAGACAGAUUGGCUGAACACCAAGUAUAGGACACUUGGUGAGUUCCAGGCCUGUGAAAGAUUGUGUCUUUAAAAAUUAGGGGGAUUGCUCAAGGUGAUAAAUCAUGCACAUAACAUUUUCUAAAUUGAUUUUUCCUGAAAUAUUUUAAAUUACACAUGAAGGAAGAAAAAUAGUACAUGCCAGUGAGCUAGCUCAGUGGGAAACGGAGUCUGCUGCCUAGCCCAGUGACCUGGGAAUGAUUUCUGCGGACCCAAAUGGUACACAGAGAACACUGACUCUGGACAUCUGUCAUCUGUCUCUCCUGUUGCCCACCAGAUGCUGGUAACAAAUAAUUUUGUAUUCCUCAACUAACAGGCUCCUCAGUGCUAGGAUCUCUCAUCAGGGAGGUGAAUUUACAUCAAAGUAGUUGUUGGUGAUUACACACCCUGCAUCCCACAGCCUUCCAUGUCUUCUCGCUGGGAGUCAGUCAUCAUGGCUGCAGGAUUCUCCUGUGAAAAUCAUUCUUGGAUAACUCCCACUUCUGCCAUGGGGACUCAGACAUGCUCUCCUUGGAACCAUGGACCUCCUGUGUGUCUCUGGGCCUGAGACCCUGACUGUGCUGUUCUCUCUCUGUUCAUGGAGUUAUUGACACUGUUAAUAAAUAUCUUACUCCCACAA